AUGUCAAAUAGACUCUAUCUUUUACUUGAAGAGAAGCAUGCCAGAACAGCGUUUUUCGUCGCUCAGAGCACCAAGACUAUCGUGGUGCGUAGACUAGACGCUGGAAGACAGUGCGAUGAGCUCCUCGCCGCUGUCGAUCUGCAUGCACAAGGCAGCUCAACAACGGGCCCAGUUCUUCAUGGGCCGAUCCGAUAUCUGAACAUCAUUUUAUUUUGCCAGCCGGAUCAAAGUAAUCCCCUGCCUGCUUCUUUCAGCACACUCACAUCACGGAUCAAGCUGCCAGCUCUGCAGGAGAUUACUCUGUAUGCCAAAGGGGCAUUGAAUUCCGAUGGCAUAUCUGGUAGAAUCGACCUGAUACGCCCUAUCAACAAUCACAUCAAGAAAGACUAUGAUGCUCUCAUGAACGCGAUCGAUGCCCGUGGUAGCUCCCAGACCCCGGCAAAGCCUACAAACCUUCAUGUCAAACUCGAAGCAUGCGGCGUUGGCAACAUCGGAACACUGCUCCCAUCAAAGGCAAGCAUUCACCUGAAACGCGUCGUAGUCAAUAAAGAAAAUUACGGGUUGAUCACCAACGGCCUGGCGGCAAAUCAGGACGGCGACAUUUCUAACUUCACCGCUUUGCUACGUCUUCGAGUCCCCGCCGGCGUGCGGUUCGUACACGCAGCUCUUGGGCCAAUUAAUCCACCUACUGGUUUUGUAUGGAUGGUCCCCAAUAGCCGCCCAUCCAUCCGAGCUUUCCUACCACGGUCGCUACAAGAACUACGUGUAGACUUCAUCUAUCUUGCUCGCAUCUUCGUCGCGGGUGCCGGCUACCAAGACAGACUUGUCACCUACACUAUAGGCAAGGCGGCAUUGCUCGACAAAUUACGCACUGCGUACAAUUGGAUGACGGAGCUCGUGGAUCCAGUCACGGGGCUGAAAAAGCUCAAGUGCUUGCAAUUAUUGGAGGGGUCCAUGAAAAAGGACACGCAGAUUCUUGUUUGGGAUCUUCCAGCGGAGCGGCUGAACGCGUUUGAGAGGGCGGGUGUUCAAUUUGAGCUGCGCAUUCGCACGCGGGCAUCCUCAAACGGAGAAGGUAUUUGA